UGUGCAUGCAUGUGUUUAUAUUAUACCCUCCAAAGUCUAACACGGCCGACACUUUUACCAAUUUGACACACACUGCAGUGUGUACACACUGCACACACAUUACCCAAUCUCUUUCGCUCUUCCCCCCAAAAAAAAACCAAUCAAGCUUUCUUUUUUUCAGUUUCAGCUCAGAUUAACAAAAUUCCAAAUCCAAAAAGCUCCGUCUUUUCCUCUCCAGAUUUUCCGAAAGUUGAAAGAUCAUGCGGUACUAAAAAGUCUUGUUUCUUGAAAAACCAGCUCUGACCAAAAAACAAUCUGCGCCUGCAGUCCGCAAAUUUCAAUUCACCCUCACAAUCAGAGAAAAAAAAUAAAUAAAUCCCAAGAAAAAUAAGAAGAAAGGAACAAAAAAUGCAGGACUUGCCAAAUUCCCUGUUCCCUCUCCUCCUGAUUCUCAUCAGCUUCGUUUAUGGCAGCAACUGCUGCGUGAAACUGGCGCCCGGCCAUUCAGAGGUGGGCUCGUUGAUGAAAAUCAAGUUGGCAUUGGACCCUGUGAACAAGCGCCUCUCGUCGUGGGCCGCUAAAGGCAAACCAUGUGGCGGCACGUUCGUCGGAGUUGCUUGCAACGAGCAUGGGAGAGUGGUCAACAUCUCGCUGCAGGGUAAAGGGCUCACCGGAAAGUUGACUUCCGACCUGGCGGAGCUGAGCUGCCUGUCGGGUCUUUACCUGCACUACAACUCGCUGAAAGGAGGGAUCCCGGUUGCGAUUGCUCAACUCACUGAGUUGACCGAUCUGUAUCUCAAUUUGAAUGACUUGACUGGGACUAUACCACCUGAGAUUGGAUAUUUGGCUAGUCUUCAAGUGCUGCAGCUAAGUCACAACCAAUUGACAGGAACCAUACCUUCUUCAAUGGGAUCCUUGAAAAACCUGAACGUCAUUAAUUUGGAAAGCAACAGGCUAACAGGGCAAAUCCCUUCAAGCCUAGGAAAUCUGCACUCGUUGAAAAGAUUGCACUUGGGCUCCAAUCAACUCUCAGGCCAAAUCCCCGAUACACUCGCCAACAACACCUCGUUACAAGACCUCGACGUCCAAAACAACAAUCUUUCUGGCGUCGUCCCUCCAAGUCUGAAGAGGACGGGCCUCAAUCUCCAAAUAGAAAACAACGCCAACCUCUGUGGGGCCAACCUCCCGGGCCUCAGACCCUGCACCGCACGCGACAACUACCUCAACCUGUCAGCUGGCGGUGCGGGCCCCACGACCAAGCCCGAGUCUGCUGCCUUCGCCCUGACCUGCAACCAGACACAUUGCUCCAAAACCCCUUCAAAGAUGCCGAAGAUCGGGCUCGCCGCCGGCCUGAUCGCCGCCACCGUCGGGCUGGCGGCGGCGGCCUCCGUCGCCGUUUUCCGGCGCCGGAGAAGAAAACAGAAGGUCGAGAACGAGUCGUCCGACACGGCCAACGAGGAAAGGACCGGCAGCAGCAUGGACCGGACCAAAGAGCUGAACGACCGAAGCCCGUCUUCCCUGGACCGGUGCAUGAGCGUGUGGGACCCGUCGAACAUCGGGCCCGACAGCAACGGGUCGUUCGACAGCGGGGCCCACCAGGGGGGCUCGAGGUACAACCUCGAGGAGGUGGAGUCGGCCACGCAGCACUUCUCGGAGUUGAAUCUCAUGGGGAAGAGCAAGUUCUGCGGGGUGUACAGGGGGAUUCUGAAAGACGGGUCUAUUGUGGCUGUAAAGUGCAUCGGUAAGACGAGCUGUAAGUCGGAGGAGGAAGAGUUCUUGAGAGGGCUGAGCCUGCUGAAUUCGCUCAAGCACGAGAACCUUGUUGAGCUGAAAGGAUUCUGCCGGUCGACGGCUAGAGGGGAGUGCUUCCUGAUUUACGAUUUUGCCCCUGGGGGUACUUUGUCCAGGUAUCUCGAAAGCGAUGUUGUGGGUAGUAGCAGUAGCACUGGCACUGGCACUGGCAGUGUGCUGGAUUGGAAGACCAGGGUCUCUAUCAUCCUUGGCAUCGCUAAAGGUGUACGGUACCUACACAGCAACGAGACGAACAAGCCCCCGAUCAUCCACCAAAACAUCUCGGUCGAGAAAGUCCUGCUCGACCAGUAUAUGAACCCCCUGAUUCUUGAUGCGGGCCUUCUCAAGCUACUUGCUGACGACGUUGUAUACUCAGCCCUCAAGGCCAGUGCAGCAUUGGGCUACAUGGCUCCCGAAUAUGUCACCACAGGCCGAUUCACAGAAAAGAGUGACGUGUAUGCAUACGGAGUCAUUAUUUUCCAGUUGUUGUGCGGCAAGACAAAGCUCCCAGGGUCCACUCGUGCUGCGGCUGAAGCUGGGAAAUUCGAGGAGUUUAUAGACCCAAAGCUCGAAGGUGAUUUUUCGGAAAACGAGGCAAGACUGCUGACGAGGAUAGCUUUGGACUGCACGAACGAGGAUCCGGAGAGUAGGUCGAGCAUGGCGUCGGUUGUGCGGGAGCUGAAAAAAGAAGUGAAGGGUGGCUAGAUAAGGAUUAUAUAGUGUGUAUCCAUUGAAGAUCCCUACAAUCUUAACUUACAAGCUGACAUGAACAGAAAAUGUUAACUGUUCGCUGAGAGGUGUCGAUUAGUGGUGUCUUGCUGGAGCCUGUAAAUGAGUGAGAGGUCCAAUGAUGGACAAAUUUUACGAAGCUGGGAAAGAACAUUUCAUUGGUAUUAUUAUGUCUAGUGGGUUUACUAUUUUUCAUGUCCAUGUUUCAAUAAAUAUUAUUGUGUAUUUAAUUAGAUAUAAUUCAGGCUAGACAUGUACUUCAGACUGCUACCCAAAGAUGAAAUAAAGUAGGCAUUUUCCGUCAACUUAAAUCAGUUUGUUAGCAUCCUCAGGAAAAAAACUAGUAUUGCUGUUUUAAAUGAUGUUAAUUUUCAACACACGUAGAAAAAGUCCACUUGAAAUCCACUUUUAAGAUUAUUUACGUGCAUAAAGUUUCAAAGAUGCAACUGUUUUCAUUCACAUGCAGUCCCACACAGAAGAGGUUCUUAUACUAAAGUAUCAAUUGUAUGGUCAAAAGUGUAGAAAGUCAAUUAAUAACAACAUCAAGUUCCUUUUUCUAGUCAGUUGUUCUGUUAUCUUGCGGAGACUAUGAAGGGUAAUAGAAUCAUACCUAAAAUAAGCAGCUAAACCUACUAAGCAGGCCACCAUUUGGGCCUAAUGGCCUCUACUUUGAUAUCUUCCUGACC